GGGAGGAAGAAAGAUAAAGAGAGAGAGAGAGAGGAAGAGGAAAGAGAACUUAAGGAGGGUCUCUGAAUGGUGGGAAAGGAAAAAGGAGAUCACCAGAGGUUCACGCGAAGAGGUGUCUUUCGGCCCCAUUUGAUCUCAUCGCUUCCAAAGUGAUCGCCAUCUCAGCGACUCGCUACUUCUUACUUGAGAAGAGGGCUAUUUCUCCUCAGUCAAUCUCUCCGAUUUGAUUACCAGCCCUCCACCAUCUCUCCAAUAGCGGGCACCGUUUCUCAACCAGUUGGUUAAAUGAAUCCAGGGUCCCGCCCUUGACCACCCUUCCUGGGAACCCGUUCCAGCUAUUGAUUACUGUUCCGUGUAAGGAAAUGCUGCCUGGUGUAUGUUCUGGAAUUUAAGACCUUUUCACGAGUAAAAAACGGCAUGAAGCAUUGGAUCAAACUAUAAGGAGGAGGGAAACUGGCUCCUGGUGCAACGUGGCAACAACAUCAACAAAAUUGCAUUUGUAUGGCGCCUUUCACGUCGGAAAAACGUCCCAAGUUAUAAGAAAGUCCCAAGGCACCCGAGCAGUUCUGCAGCUUCAGGGGAUGUGGAUGCACCGUCAAAGUAAUCAUGGAAUCUGCUGAAGGAGUUCCAGUGUGUUUACCUGAGUGGAGCGUUGGGCACCGCAAAUUCAGAUAUCUGUUCCUGAGGUCGCCCGAAUCGAUUAAAGUGUGCAAGGAGAUUCAAACGGAGGAGAAUCUGCCUCCCCUUUUCCUGGGGGCUGACAUUGUUGCUAAAACCGGUAUUCGGGUUGAAAAUCAUCCAAGAAUUCACGCAAAGUUUGCAAAGAAAGGACUGGCAACCAAAUUGAGCUUCACUUCAGCUAUACGAUUUGAAGGACUGAAGGUGCCAAGUGUGGUGAACAGUUUGUGGUUUUACAGCAUUCAGGGACUGUUUCGAGUGGCUUUCGAAAUGUACAGUAAAGAGCAACAGUUAGAAGUCCUCGACAUUCUUAAGGAUUUGUGGAAAGGCAGGAUAAAUGAUCCUCUUCUAAACCAGACCUACAACAUUAAGUUCCUGCAAAACAUCUCCGAACAGUCCGAAAAUUGCCUUAUGGAAACAGGAAGCCACCAAGAUUUUGCAUCGCCUUCGGAGUUUCAAGCCACUUAUUCAGAGUGUGAAUUGCAUUCCAUUAACAGAAAUAGGACAACUGCGUCAUCUUUGGACUGUGGUAUCAGUACCAGAGUUGUGUGUGAAGGUGACCACAGCUACUGUGUACAAGAGAGUGAACCCUGUCCAAAUAACUCAGCACGUUUGGAGGCCACAGGUUAUGAUUCUCUAUCUGCAAGGCUCCAAUUAGCUUCUCAAGCAAUCAGAAAUUUACCUGCACAAAUUCAAGAGCAAGGGAAAGCUAUUGCACUGUUGACUGAUUUUUUAGAACUCUUGUUAAGUGAAACUGUAUCUGUGCAGAGGUUGGUUGACACAGUGCAGGAAUUUCUGUCCCAAGUUCAAGACUUAGUUGUCAAAACGGAAAUUAUUGAACUGGGAGCAGAUUCUAUUUAUGGCAGCCACAUGCUUUAUGCGGUCAGCAAUUGGUUGGGGCAUCAGUUUUAUGCUGCCAAUGCCUCAAUCAGCAGUCAAGUGGAAGAUUUCAAAACAACACAUAUCAGCAGGAUCACAGACUUACCACCUGCAGAGGAGUUGGUGGAUCAAUUGUUUCCUGAAGCUAUGAAGGUUUUGCUAUUAAACUGGAUGGGGCUUGAUGAUAAUUCUGCCAUGUGGAAACGGCAAAGCGAGUAUCCCAUACUGCUUCUUAUUCUAGAGUUUGCUAAUCAUAAUCUGAUCACUGGCGUAGCUCACGUUUUAUAUUCAAGCUUAAUAUGCAAGUAAGUAUUUUAUUCAGUAUGUUCUGUGAAGCGCUUUGAGAUGGCUCGAAGACGUGAUAAGGACUAUAUCAAAAGCAAGGAUUAUUAUUAUUAAAAUGCCCGCUCCAAUUUCAUUUAGACCGCAGAUUAAGAGGAUAAUUGGUUUAUUAUUGGAGGGAAAGCUAUACACAAUACUCAGCUACACGAGAAUGAUUUUCACCAGAAGUCUACUUAAAGCUUAAUUUGCAUUAAACAAAUUUAUUCUCUGCAACAUUUCAAAGGUGUACGAAUUAUUUAGGAAGCAAUUCUUUGUAUAUUUGUAUUCCAUUAUUGUUCAUAGUGGAACAUCUAACAAUGAUCAAGGUUUGGUUAUAGCAGAUAAUGGCAGGAAAAUAGUGCACAACAAUAAGAAGGAUUUUGUGCUACAUUGAUGUAAUCAGUUAUUACUGGUGCACAUUAACAAGCUACAUGUCUGACAACACUGAAACAUACUUGUAUGUAGCCUUUCGUUAUGCAUCAACAUGAUAAAAUAUUAUCAACA